UCCAUCCGAAGAUGGUGGAUGGUGAGACGGUGAAAAAAUUGACCUUGAACAGAGUCCACAAGUCGCGGCGGCUAGAAGGCCGCCGGGAAAAAAGAGUGGCCAGAGAAUGGGGGGAAAAUUACCAGCAAUGGGCACGACAUCGAAGUGUGGCAGUGAGAGAAGGUCAUGGAAGGAGAUGCUGUCCGAGAAUCUCAUCCGAUCUGCCUGUUUUUACUCUUUCAACCACGGCGUUGUCCAUCUCCAAUGCGAAGCCCGAAAAAGGCCAAAAAGAACAAUCCCGCAGCUCCCAAAGACUUUAAAAAAAAAACUACUUGGGUGGGGGAGAAGAGAAGAGGUGCCAGAGAGAGAAUGGAAUAUUUCGCCUCGAGACUCUUCAAAGGCGAUCGUGAUGAUGCCAAAUGGACGAGAUGAUGCCGGGACAAGAGGUGAGAUGAAACAGUGAAGAAUCUUUGGGGAGAAAAAAAGGGAAAAGACAAAAAAAAACAGGCCAGGAGAAAAUACAUGGAAGAAUUUCAUCUCUGUGGUGGAGAGGAUUUAUAAUGGGCCAGAGGAGAGUAACAAAAAAAGUGCCAGACACGAUGAUGACUGACAUUUUCGAGAGACGAAUGACGAAGUGAGAUAUUUUUGAUGAUGUCUACCUGUUCUUGUGAUUCCACCCAGCAAACACCUCGGCUGGAAGAGACUCGACUGGGAUGGAAGAAGGUUGCUAUAUGCAUGAUAUUCUUGGGAUCUGCAAAUUGAUAUUCUUUCGGUGUUUCCCCCACAUUGAGAACUACGAGGGAGAUUAAAGUGUGAUAAAUGUGCUAAAGUGAACAUCAAGAGGUUUAUUUGCAAGCCUCAGUGAGGAGCAAGAACAUAACAACAAUUUGUAUUACUCCAGGAUAUUCACAUUGCCAUCCCAUCAACACUUGAAAAGUGAAAGUGAUUAGAAUUACCCUCAGCCGUGCUUAAAGGUGAUACUGAAAAAUUGUUGAUUUGAGAAAAAGAGGGUGUUGAAGUGAAGUGUUCUUCUGUGAUCUCGUGAGUUAGUUAUAUACCCAGAAAAGAAGAAACAGCAAGUGUGCAAAAAAAGCAAAUUACUUUUAUUUCAAAAUAGAAAAGGCUGUUUCAAAGUUUUUAGUGUGCAGCAAAAAUCAAAACAAAAAAAAUAUUUGAAAAGUUAAGAGGAUCACCAAAAAAAGUGUUAGUGUGAUAGAAAGUGAAUGAAACAUUUAUCGUGGAUGAUGUGCAUUAAUCAUACUGAUGAUUAGAAAAAGGGCAUCAUUGACCACGCAACGGCGCCGAAACGAGGACAACUCCAAUCAUUCUGCACAGCAAGAGAGUCACAAUAAAUUCAUCAAACUGGAUUAUAAACGCAAUUACCCCUACUAUACAGACAGGAUGCUGAUGUUGCAAUACAGCAAACACGGCGAGUGCAUCCUCCAGGAAAUCGGUGCGGCUUUUCGUGGUGAGCAUCCGGCUGAUCUGUUGCUCAUCUGCGAGGGCCGAGAGACAUUGCGGGCACACAAAUUGGUGCUGGCGGCGGCGAGUCCGCUUGUAAAGCGGCUCCUUGAGGAGACACCCACCAUUGAGUCCGUAACCACCGUCCACUUUCCUGACGUGCAGGCCAAGUACUUUCGACUCCUCAUGGAUUUUUUAUACUCUGGCCAGACCUGUGUGCCCGCCAAUGAGGUUGAACACCUCCAUGAUCUGCUAGCGCUCCUGCAAAUAAAGCCAGGUGUGUGGCGGACGGACGAUAAAACAGAGCUAGUCAUUCUCAUUCCAGACGGGGGCGGAGGUGAUGGUGGCGGCGGUGCCAAAGGGGGCGACACACACACCGACAUAAAUAGCAAUGAGGGCGAUAUUGGACGCCGGCGACGUUCCAAGAGUCGUGAUUCCACACAUUCGCGUGUUCACGUGAAGCGUGAGCGAGUGGGUGGGAAUAGUAGUGAGGAAGAAGCAGAAGCUGAGGGGGAGGAAGUAGAAGCGGAAGAGGAACUGGAUGAGGAGACAGAAGCGGAGGUUAGAGGCGGAAGUCGAGAUAGGAGUAGUGAAGAGAGGCGCUUGAGUGUGGAUACGGCGCGGAAUGACACGAUCUCGAGGCGGACGGAAGAGUCCGCGGAUGAGGCAGAGGAUGAGGCAGAUGAGGAGGGUGGUGAUAGGGAAGAUGAAAAAUUCGAUGCAAUCGGAGGCAGACGGAGAAGUUCGUCAGAUCCGGUGAAUUUGUCUUUAGGUACCCGCCAAGAUGACUCCGACGAUGGGGGCCAUGUGGAUGUCGAAACGAUAGCCAAUGCGCCUAGUAAGAGUCUCAUUCCCAGCCGCCUUCUAGAUCCGUUCCGAACGAAACGGAAAGUACUGUAUCAUGCACCCGAAUCGGAAAUCCUAAAGCCACCUGACCACGAACAAUUGCUACAUAGUUCACCUGACAACUACGUGGUCACGCCGCAUCGAAAGCGUCGGCCUGGCUUUCAGAAUUCACCCGCCCAGAAUCCACCAUUUGUCCCUUAUGGACUCAAUCGGACCAACUACAUUGAGGACCUGCGCUCCCGGAAAGGGCCCUCAGUGUCAGCGCCACCGUCCUACUUUCCAGGAGAACGCCCACCUCUGUCGCCGACAUCUCAACCCACCGAUCUCUUGCUGCACAACAACCACCAUCAGCACAAUAACAAUUCCAGCCGCCGGCGACCACCGAGUGCGGACGGUCCGUUGGCCGUGGCGCCCUCCUUCGUGUACCCGUGGCCUCCGCAUUCGUCUGCGCUGGCGGGUUUACCGGGGGCACCGGGUCUGUCGGUGCCCCCGCCCAAUCCCAGCUCCCUCAACAGCGAUCGAGGCAGCCCAAUGGACGCCGGCGGGGCGUCUGGGGGCACACGAGCCGGAGCAUCGGGUGGCCUGUCGGCGCCCGUGCGUGAGUACCGAUGCGAGUACUGUGGGAAGCAGUUCGGCAUGUCGUGGAACCUCAAGACUCACCUGCGCGUUCACACGGGCGAAAAGCCAUUCGCGUGCCGGCUGUGUGUGGCCAUGUUCAAGCAAAAAGCUCACCUGCUCAAGCAUCUGUGCUCUGUGCAUAGGAAUGUGAUAAAUACACCUGAGAGCGGAGGCAGGUACAAUUGCUGCUUCUGCACCAUGUGGUUCGAGACGCUGCAAGAACUGGUGCGGCAUUUGUCUGGGCAUCACAACAAUCUCCUGCUCAGCAUCAACCUCACACCAGCCACCAGUGGUCGCAACUCAUGAGCGUGCCCCAAUUCCCAGCAAAAUGGGCACCAAUAAGGCCAGUGCACUCCCCGCCCGAUCAAUUGCACCGGAAUGCUGAAGGAAGGGUAGGUUUUUAUCUGUGUGUUUACAUUUCUAGUUUAUCCACAUUGAAGAAGAUAGCUCAGAAUCAUUUUUGGGAAACAUUUUCAAAUCCCUUGGCUGUACCUUUGCUUCUAUCCUAUAUAGGUUAUUUUUUAAAUUUGAGGUUAUGUUGAAAUUAACCAAAAAAAUUGAAGUGCCGUAAGCUCUAAAACUUUUCUUCUUCUAGCUAUUUGAAAAAUAAAUUACUUAUAAAGAAAUGGAUUACUUUUCUAGUGAAUAUUAAAAGAUAUUUUCAUUCCAAAGUAUCAAGAAAAAAACGUCAAAUCUUAACCUAAAAAAUAAAAUGUCAAUUUAAAUAUUCUUUAGAGAUUAUAAUAAAUAUUCCCUUCUAAAGUCAUUUUUACCUAUAAUUUUUAUUCUUUUGGAAGAAUUCAGAGUUUAUUUCUUGAUUAGAUUGAGUAUAACCUCAAACUUCUAAACUAUGCAUGAUAAGUUAGUUUUCAGUCAUUGUGAGGUUAUGGUAAACAUAACCUCGACAAGCUAUUCUAACUGAUGUAUUUUUUGAAUUUGUCUUGUGUUUGACAGUUAGCAUCCGGAUAUCGUAAAGUUAUGUGAGUAAUUGUGCAUAAUGUCUUGUUUUGAUUUCGAAAAGUAAGGUUAUACUUGAUUUAACCUUUAACAAGAAAGCUCUUUUUCACUGCCGAAUUCAUCCUAUUUCUCUUAUUUGAUCGGCAAAUUACUUCGGAUAUCUAAGGGCCUUGACAGACUUGAGGAUCAGCCGAGAGAGGGCUUAGCGUAAUUUUAUUAGAAAUAAUGGUUAAACUAUAUUUCCAUCAUUUUCCACUAAGUUGUCUCUCAGCUUAAGUCGUUAGUGUGUCUAGGGCAUAAGGUCGUGUCAAGCCUAACCUUAAAAAAAACAAGAUACAUAUUUUGCAUGGCAGAAUUCUUCGAUCUGCCAUAUCUAAAAUUUUUGAUUAAUUUUGAUCAUAAGCAUAAAGAAAGAAGGUUUGUUUGUAUUGAUUGCUGCCCAGUAGGGGAAUUCUGUAAUAGUAUGACAAUGUCAUGACGAAUUUUAAGAUUUUUUAUGGGGUAAAUUCGGAAGAACUAAUCGAAAAUCCUAUUCGUAUCACUUUCUAAGAAUUCCAUAGAGCUCUUUCCAAUGGACAAUCUGUUUACUAGGCUUUAAUGUUAUACUGCAACCGAAUUAUCACGAAAAUUUAUCAUAUGAUAUUGUCAUAUUGUUACAGAAUUCCCCUAAAACGUAUUUUGUCUUUAUAUUCUUUCAAGAUUUCGAGUUGAAAUUAAAAAAAAAAUACUUAAAAAUAAUAAAUUAAAAUUGUGCUGAAAAUUCGCACAGCUCUAGUAUAAGAUGGUUCAGAUUGUGCAUAAAACUCGUACUUCUCAGAUAGUGUGCAUAAAAUCUGCAUAGCUGUAACAUAAAACGGUUUAUAUUGUGCUGAAAACGCGCACAGCUGUUAAACAUAAAACGAUACAGAUUAAGAAAACUGUUAAAAAUUUAGAUACAAUUUUGUUUGAGCUAUGCAGGAUUUAUGCUCAAUUUUAAUCAUUUUAUUCUUGAGCUGUGCUCGACUGUACCGGUUUUGACGAGCAUAAUUUGUUUUAAGAAAUCUAACCACUGUGCAUGUUUUCAGUACAAUCUUAACCAUUUCAUGCUUAAGCUGUGUAUGUUUUCAAAAUAAUCUUAAUCAAAAUACUAUUCUUCGAAAUUUUGAUUUUUACUGUUGGUCAACAUUGAGUACUACAUUCUUUGAAAAUGAGAGCUUGCACUUUUGCGUUUAACUUUUGGUAAACAUAUUCAAAAUUUCACUGCAUUUCCAAAAUCAAAUGAAACCUGUUAAACUCAACAUUAAAAGUUAAAUUUUUCAAGGAAUAUAGUACUCAAUGAUACUGAUAAACAGGAAAAAAUAAAUAAAAUUUUUAAGAAUGGGGUUUUUCAGAAUCAAAUGUGAAUUUCGAUUUCAUGAAAUUUUCCUGAUCGAAAAGGUGUGCCGGAGCAAUUAUUGCAAACAAUGCCGAAAAGAGUUAAUACCCAGCAACGAAAGUUCCCUGUUUGAACACCGUUCGGUCCAAUGUAAAUCCUUACGGGCUGGGAAAAAGCGAACGCGGUUGAAGCAAUAGUUCUCUUUGAUGGCCACCACUUUCUGAACAUUUGAGAGGCCGCCACCGUCGCGGAAUGUCGAAUAGGGAACUCUAUCGUUGCUGGGUAUUUGCGUUUUUUUUUUCAUUUGACACCAGUUGUCAAUUUGAUCGACAUUCUAAUCUAAAGUCGAUCAACCAUGCGUUAUAGGUGCCUCAAUAAAUUUCGUGGGAAUCAGGGCAUUGAUUAGUGAUUAUAAACAAUUUCCGCGAACAUCUCCGAAAGAAAUUUAUUGUUAUGUUUUCUAUUCGUUCGAUAAAAGUCGAUAAGUUGAUCGAUAUUACGAUAAAACAAAAGUUUGUACGAUCCAAAGUUAGAAAGUACCCGUCAAAUAAUAUCUGCAGAUAUCUUUAAGAUUUCUGUAGAGAAAAUCUACACCUCUACAGAAUAUCUGCAGAUAAUUCUGUAGAUAUUCUUACGAAUUUUAUUUGGGCUUGGGACAAAAUUCGUCAGAAUAUUUCGGCAGAUUUUCUGACGAAUUUCUGUAGAUAUUCUGCCGAUUUUCUGUUGAUUUUUUCUACAUUCCAGACUUUCCAGACAAGAUGUGUCAGAAGAGAUGGAAAAAUUUUUCACUGAAGUUUGCAAAAUUCAAUAGAGUUAUUUUUUGUGAUAUCACGGUGUUUAUAUAAAAUAAAGAAUUCUGCGACGCCGUGUUACAAGUAGAGAAAAGUGAAGUGAAAACUUUAAGCAGAGUAUCGACCUAAAUUUCGUGUUUUUGUAUCAUUCCAUGGGCGAUUUUUAAAAAAUUAGUAUUUUUGCUCGCAUCUUUUUACUUAUUUAAAAUGUUUAAUCGGUAAUGCUUGUUAAGCAGAGCAUACCAUUUUCUUUAUAACUCCUACAGUUUCUACAUAAAUCAACAAUAUUUUUGUGAAGUAAUGGACACUAUGCCGAUUUUCUCGGCAGAAAUUCUACCGAAAAUCUGUAGAUUUUCUGCAGAAAUUCUGCCGAAAAUCUACAGAUUUUCUAGCAGAAAUUCAGCAGAAAAUCUACAGAUUUUCUCUGAAUACACUGGAAUAUACCGUUAAAAUUCAAAAAACCUCAGAGUAAAAUCGGCAGGUAGAAUAAUGAUUUGACGGGUACUUCUUCUGUUCUGAAAACAGUCGUACAUUUUUCAUGGAAAACCCGUCAAAUCAUUGCUCUACCUGCCGAUUUUACUCGGAGGUUUCUUGAAUUGUAACGUCAUAUUCUAGUACAUUUAGAGAAAUUCUGUAGAUUUUCGGCAGAAUUUCUGCCUGAAAAUCUGUAUAUUUUCGGCAGAUAUUCUUCCGAAAAUCUGCAGAUUCUCGUCAGAAUUUUUGCAUAAGAAAUCUGCAUAGUCUCCAUUGUCUCAACAAACAUAUUGUUGAUUUAUCAAGAAACUGUAGAAGUUACAAAAAAAAAUGGUAUGCUCUGCUUAACAAGCAUUACCGAUUAAACAUUUUAGACGAGUAAAAAGAUGCGAGCAAGAAUACUAGUUUCUUAAAAAUCGUCCAUGGAAUGAAACAAAAACACGAAAUUUAGGUCGACACUGUGUUUAAAGAUAUCAUUUCACUAUUCUCUACUUAGAACACGGCGUCGCAGAAUUCUUUACUUUAUAUAAACACUGUGAUAUCACCAAGAAUCAAUCUAUUGAAUUUUGCAAACUUCAGUGAAAAAUAUUCCAUCUUUUCUGACACAGCUGUCUGGAAAGCCUGGAAUUUAGGAAAAUCUACAGAAAAUUGGCAAAAUAUCUACAGAAGUUCGUCCCAAGCCCAACUUAUUCGUAGGAAUAUCCACAGAUUUCUCGGCAGAUUUUCGGCAGAGGUGUAGAUAUUUUCUGCAGAAAUCUUAAAGAUAUCUGACGAAAUUAUUUGAUGGGAAUGUACUAGAAAACGUACAACUUUUUUCGGAAUGAAAAGACUAUUAAUCAAUAAAGCUUUUUAUAUAUUUACACAAAAAAUAAUAAGGGAUCGUAAAAAAAAUAAAAGAGCUUUCUUUAUUAAAGUUAGUAUACAAUUUUUUGUAGUAGUUUUCUGAAAUAGCUUUCUUUGGUUCUUUGGAAUUUCUUACCGUUUUUUUUAAAGCUUGUAAAAGUUCCCUUUUCUCUUAUUUUGGUUCAAAAAAACUUCCUUUUUCACAUUUCCUUUGUAUUAUCUGAACGUGAUUGAGUAUUUUAUGUCAUCAAAUAUUUUAGUGAAAUCGCUUUUUUUGAUUGGCUAGAUCUUGAAAGCUGUCAAAAAUUUAGCCAAUCAGAGAAUGUGAUAUCACUCAAAUAUUUAAUGGGAUUAAAUAUUUAAUUACAUGUGGAUAAUGCUUUAUUAUAUCGACUCCUUCUGCGUAGUUAGUGGCUAUGAUGCUCUUCGACCAAUUACUUUUAAUUGAAUGGCAUUGGAUGACAAUUAAAUUGAAAAAAAAAGAAUGAAAUGAUUCUGAGUUAUUUCUUAAAGUGGAAAAGUAGAAAUUUGCAGAAAUUGAAACAUUCUUAGUCCCCCAUCAUCAUUCUGAAGCAAUUGACGAUGCAACUCAUGGAUUUUCACAGUGAAUGUAAUAGAAAAGCAAAGGUGAAAAAAAUUGAGCUUUUACCACAUGAAAAUUUUGAGAUAAUAAAUUUAAAAAAAAAUAAAAGAAAAAUCUCCCAAAAUUUCGAAAGAAAUAAAUAUUAAGUGUGAGAAAAAAAGAAAGAAAAGAAAUAGCUGACACACAAAAAUAGCAACAAAGAAAAUGUACAAAUAAAAUAUCUCAUCAUUCCAAUACUUUGCAAGAAAAACCCAUUUUUUUAAUUAUUCUUUUUUUUUUGUACCACGAUCUAACGUUAAUAUUUAAAUGACAAACUCGCUAAAAGGAAAAAAUACACGAAAAAAAAACCACUCACAGUAACACCAAUGCGUUGAAAUCUUUGGAGAAAGAAUUUUCCUUUCUUCUAUAAAAAAAAAAACCAAGCACAAAAUAUUAACAAAAUAAAGAAUUUAUCCGUCGUGAAAUAAAACGAGAUAUUUUGACGGAGAUGAAAGCAAAAAUGUGUAUAGAUUUUUUUUUGUAAAUAACAAUGUAAAUAAUUAAUGUGUAAAAAGAAUUAAGUUAAGUGAAAUUAUUUGUAAUAUUUUUUUUCUCUUUAGCUAGAAACUUUUUAGUAUAAUUCUACUUAAAAUGAAAAUGAAGUAAAAAAAAAAUGACGAAAAUCCACAAAUUUAUUUAUUUAACCAGCUAAUCAUUUUUUUUUAAACCGACAAUCAACAAAAGGACCAGAUUUUGAAUAAUGUUUUUUUUUUGUAAUUGUAAAAAGAAGGAAAAUUACUCAGAUGAAAAAAAAAGAAACCACAGCAAAUGAAAAAAAAGAGAAAAUGAAUGUGAAGGAUAAACUGAUAGAAAAAAUUCCACCGAAUUGAAUAGUUUUCUUUCUUGUUUUCUUCUAAUUAGAAACUCUUCCUCCUCCUUCUCCCUCUCCCCCACCAAAAAAAUCCUCAAUCGUUUUUCCAGUUGAGCGAAGAAGCACCAAAAUUCCUCAAAUUUAAAUUAAAAUAUAUACUUCAGAAAAUUAAACAAAAGAAAAGAAACAUGACUCAAAGCACAAAAGUGCCCGCAAAAGCCGGUGAAACAAAUAAAAAAAAAGAAAAA